UUACCUAAUUUCUUUUCCGCGCGACCUGCAGGCUUUGUUUCAACCACCAGAUGGCACGCAAGAAACAAUUAAAGACCGAAUCGGAAGAACAAGAAAUUAGUUGUGGAGUGAGGGCUUCUUGGACACUUGAAAAAUUUAACUUGUUUGUUGAUAUUUGUGUUCAAGGUGCAUACCUUGGUAAAAAAGUUGGAAAUCAUUGGGGUGAGGCUGGCUGGCAAUGGGUACUUAAUGAAAUGGAAGCAAAAGGCGCACAUUUUAGAAAAGCACAAUUAAAAAACAAAUGGGAUUGGAUGAGGGAACAGUGGAAACUAUGGAAAGAUUUGAUAGGAAACAACCGAACUGGGUUAGGAUGGAAUCCCAAAACUGGGACUGUAGAUGCUCCUUCUGAAUUUUGGGAAGAAAGGAUUAAGGAAAAUCCAGAAUAUGAAAAAUUGAGAGAGAAAGGUAUAGGAAAGGAACUAUUUGAUAAAUAUGAGUUGCUAUUUGAUAAUGUGGCAAGAGGAGAUCAUGCAUACUCGCCCUCAAUUGGUCAACUACCUAGGGAAAUUGAUGCAAUAGAAGUUGAUAAAGUAGUAGAUGAAGAUACUACCAUUUGUUUAGAGGAAGACUUUGAACAGAAUUUAGAAAAACUCAUAGGGAAUGGAACUACAUUUACACCUACGCAAUUUAGCCUUGGAGUUUCUGAAAAUGAAAAUUUGGAUGAACAAUCCAAGAGCAUUGGAAAGAAACAUAAGAAGAUUGAUGGGAUGACCAGUUCACAACCAAAACAAAUAAAGAAUGCUAACAAAGGAAAGAAGCCUCAAACUGGUGCAAUGUUGAUAACUAAUCAAAUGAAAGAAUUGCAAGAAACCAUAGCUAAUAGAACGUCUACUAUGGGAGCAAUUUUUGGGGACAAGCCUGGUUGUACAAUUGAAGAGAUUUUGAAUGAUUUACUCACUUUGCCUGAUAUGGAUCCCAAUUAUAUGGAUAUGGAAGUGAAUGUGGACAUGAAUGACGUUGAAAGGGCAUUAAUCGAUGAAGAUGAAGAGGAAUGUCAAAUGAUAGUUUCAAUGGUUGGAUCAAUAAAUUGGUAUUAUUUAAACUAUGUAAACAAGGAACCUUGCAUGAAUUCUCUUCAAACUGGGUACAUAUGGCUAUUAGAAAUAAUUAGAGAGAAUGAUACUAGAUGCAUUAAUAUGUUUAGAAUGGAUAAAAACACAUUGAUUAGCCUUUGUAAUGACUUACAAAGUAAUUAUGGAUUGGAGGCUUCAAGAAGGAUCUCAGUUAUAGAGAAAGUAUGUAUGUUCUUAUAUACCCUUGCUUUAGGUGCUUCAAAUAGGCAAGUUCAAGAACGAUUUCAACAUUCAGGGGAAACAGUGAGUCGAAGUUUUCAUGAAGUGUUGAAGGCAAUGCUAUACCUAUCAAUUGACUUAAUAAAACCACAAGAUCCCACAUUUAGCACCAUUCCUCUUGAAAUACUUGAUGAUAAGAGAUAUAUGCCUCAUUUUAAGGAUUGUAUUGGAGCUAUUGAUGGAACUCACAUUUUGGCAUGUGUAAAAAAGGAGGAUCAAAUACGAUUUAUUAAUGGACGAAAAGGAAUACCAACACAAAAUGUAAUGGCUGCAUGUAGUUUUGAUCUACAGUUUACCUUUGUACUAGCGGGUUGGGAAGGUACAGCUCAUGAUGCACGAAUAUUUCAGUAUGCUAUCCGUAAGAAAGAAUUAAAUUUUCCAAAACCACCACCAGGAAAAUAUUAUUUAGUAGAUGCUAGAUACCCUCAAAUUCAAGGAUACCUUGGACCGUAUAAAGGAACAAGAUAUCAUUUAUCUGAUUUUGAACGUGGUGGUGAACCUAGGGGCUACAAAGAAAUUUUCAAUCGUUGGCAUUCUUCUUUAAGAGAGAGAUAUCGUGAUCACAUCAAUGGCCAUACAUAAUUAUAUUCGUAGAAAAGCACUAGCAGAUCCAGCAUUUACAAGACUUGAUGAAAAUCCUAAUUUUGUGCCAUAUGAGGAAGUGGAACGUACAAAGGAAUUCGAUAAACAAGAUAAUAUAAC